GCAGUGCCGUAUUUCUCUCUUUCGUGGAGAUUUAGUCCAAACCCCAAUGCGGUCUGAACAAACUACCCAGGGCCGUCAUACGAGAGAGCCAUCGCGCACAGGACCCUCUUAUUUACAAUGAAGGAGAGAAGAAUCAGCCAGCCUUUGGUAAUGCGUUGUAAGCUGGUUUUAGUAGGAGAAGUGCAGUGCGGGAAAACCGCAAUGUUGCAAGUCUUAGCCAAGGACUGUUAUCCAGAGACAUACGUCCCAACAGUGUUUGAGAACUACACAGCUGGACUGGAAUUAGAGGAGCAGCGUGUCGAGCUCAGUUUAUGGGACACGUCAGGUUCACCAUAUUAUGAUAAUGUCAGGCCUCUCUGCUACAGUGAUGCAGACGCUGUUCUGCUCUGCUUUGAUAUAAGUCGCCCAGAGACCGUCGAAAGCUCUCUGAAAAAGUGGAAAGCUGAAAUCAUGGAUUUCUGCCCCAGUACUCGAAUAAUCCUAGUCGGCUGCAAGACGGACCUGCGAACUGAUGUUUGCACACUGAUGGAGCUGUCCAAUCAGAGACUGACACCCAUUUCCCAUGAGCAGGGCACCUUGUUGGCGAAGCAGGUAGGAGCAGAGGUGUAUCUGGAGUGCUCUGCAUUCACAUCGGAGAAGAGCAUCCACAGCGUGUUCCGCUCAGCGGCACAAACAUGCCUCAACAAACUGCAGCCCCCCAUAAAGCAAAGUCCAACUCGUCGGCUGUCCAAACGCCUCCUUCACCUGCCUAGCAAAGCAGAGCUCCUGACCUCCUCCUUCAGCAAGGAGAGAACCAAGAGCUGUUCCAUCAUGUGAGCUGCAUGUGCACCGCACAAGCUCCUGAAAAAAAACAUAUUUUUGCUCUUCGAAAGGGUUGUUUGGGGGGGUUUGAGAGGAGGGGAGGUCAUGACCUUUCAUGACCCCUCCCUCUCUCAACACUUAUGUUGUUCUUCUUCCAUUCUGACACCCCACCUGCAAACACACUCAUCCCUACGACAAAGAGCUGCUGCCAUUGUUCAAGGUUUUCGGCUGUUACACAUCCUAGUAUCGAUUGAGUUCCCUUUACCAGCAUAUGGCUUUACAUGAACUGCAUUUUGUAUCAAUGAUCAAUCAGUCAGACGAAGAAGGAAAUGCAGUGAACGUUGGACGCUGUCGGAUAUUUUUGUGGGUAGUCUUAUUUGUUAGCGUGCAUACAUGUAUAAGAAUGUGGGUUGAGCUGUGAACGUAAUUUAAUAUUUAAAGAAAGAGGAUGUGUUUGUGUUACACAGUACGCACUUUAGUGAACGUGGAUGUGAUUUUUGAACGGAAAGUGAGAGGAUGAUUGAAUACAGGUUGGCGUUAGUUCUGUUUCAAUACAGAAUUAUGCUUUGCUUGAAGUCUGUGGCACUGAACUACGAUGUGAGAUCAUAAGGGGAGGAGCCAAACAAGAUUUUAUAUCCAGCUGAAAAGGCGGACAGUCUUAUAAAUCUGCUAGAUGAAGCAUCCAAUCACAUUUGUACAAUCCAGAUGUAUUGGACAUGCUGACACACUCUUUCACUCUCUCUCUUAUCUUUACUGUAGUCCUUCAUGCGCUUUCUGCCCCUAGAGAAUGGGUCGUAAAUCUCAGCCAAUGAGAAGCCUAGCACUGCCUGGGCCAUUUCUGAGUAUAGCGCAGGAGUUAUUGCCACAAAAACCCUUCCAGAUGUUCCAGCCGUUCUUUUUUAGAAAACAAGUUCUUUCACUGAAGUAAUUUUAGAGAUGGACUGGAAAGGUCAUGGGGAAUUACAAAGGGACAUUGCAGUCCACCAAAACUGAUCAAUGUUGCAUAAGCGAGAAGAUAAUUUGAAUGUUUACAGUAGUCUUAAAAUCUGCCGCAAUUCUCAAUAACAGGCCUGUAAAGAGCCGAUUCUCUUGUUAUGUGGUGAACUUACUAGUUAUUCUCGGGAUUGGACAUUAGAUUGCAUUAUAAUUUCAGUGAUUCUCAUGCUUUCGGUCGGAUCACUGUCACAGAGGACUCUACUCUCAUCCUAAGCCUCAUUCUGGUAAUCUCUGGUAAACCCCUGGUUGUGUAAUGCUUAAUCAUAAAACAACCAAAUCCUCACUUUGGGCUUAUAAACGGCCAAGUAGAAAUGAACUUGGAAGUCAGACGAGACAGCAUUACGAAGAAUCUGACCUCAGAAUAACUUCCAACCCAAUAGUUCAACAGAUUUAAUAUGAUCAAAGAAGUGAUUUGGGGAAUAAUUUACACUACCGUUCAAAAGUUUGGGGAAGGAGUGGGCAAUAUGACCACUCUAUCCAGCUACCUGGAUCCAGUACACUGUUACAUAUGUGUUUUCUUUCUCAGCUGUUUGCUUUCACUUAAGACAUAAAUUACUGUGUUCACGAGAACACUAACAAAGACCGGCAUUUUGACACAUACAAGUGUGUGUAUUUAGUCGUUCAAGGCCUAUAAAGUAGCAAAAACAACUGUGUUGGAUACUCCUGCGCUCUAUGUGCACCACCUUCACGUGUGUGCGCCUCUCAGACAGUGCUCAGAAACAGUCUAUCAGACAGCAUGCACAUAGUGAAAUGAGUUCUCUUUCACUGCUGAUUGCGCUUUAAAGGCUUAAAAACCACUUGUUUUUAAAUCGCAAUGCUUAGAAACGUGUCUAAACGAUCAUUUUUGCAUGACCAUGUAGUACAGCAACUACAUAUAUAGCAACUGCGAUAGAUGAUAGUCCAAAAUCUCUACCGGCUGCCAAAUUUCUACCGGUAUAUCAUCCACCCCUAGUUUGGGGUCAGUAAAAGCUACAGCUGAAAAUUCAGUGUUGCCAUGACAGGAAUAAAUUACAUUUUUAAAUGUAUUAAAAUAGUAAACAGUUAUUUUAAAUUGUAAUUUCACAAUAUUACCAUUUUUAUUGUCUUUUUGAUCAAAUGGAUGCAGCCUUAGUAAACAUAAGAGACUUCUUUCAAAAACAUCCAAAAAUAAAUAACCAACUCCAAAUUUCUGAACGGUUGUGUAUGCAUGAGUUUUUCCCAUUCCCAUUUUUUCAACUUUUCUAGGGGGGUUGCCAUUAGGGGGCUGGCCUUGAAAAUCAAAAAACUGAUAUCAAAAUUACAUGUCACAUUAGAAAGCUUUGUGUUUUGCAGGUCUAACAGGUUAUUAAGCAUGAAAUCUGAUCUGAAAUGACUUUUUAUUUUUAAAAAUGAUGGGUAAUAUUCACUAAUUGAAUCCAAAAUGUUGUAGCACUGGAUAUUGUAAAAACUGCACAUUCAGUCAAAUCUAAAUUUGAUUUGUCACCAUCUAGAGAACGAGAAUGAAAAUACUGUACAUAUAAGCUGGUCUUGCCUUAACCACACAUUUAUACUACUUUGUUAUUAUUAUACCAUUGACUUUGUAAAUUCUCUCUAGUUCAUCUGAAAGAAACUUUCGGAGGUUGUUCAUCACUUUAUGCUACAUGCACUGAUCGCCAAUUCUACAUUGUUGCUUAGCAACAGACAAGUCAGUUAAGCUGGACUACAUGUCCGAAAACCACUCGAGAGAAGUUGAGAGAGAGAAACGGUGUAAACAAAGUGAAUAUAAGGACAAGUUUUCUCAUUGUAGCAUAACAAAUGGCUUUUCAUGGCUAUAGUUUAUAGUUCAAAACAUGAAUCAUCUUACAGACCAUCAUCUUGAUAUGAAUUUGUUACUGUUGUCUGGUUUAGUAGCACUCUUAUAUGUUACAUGUUUGAUGUGGUGGACCUCCACAAUCUUCCUUUUGUUACUAAAGUCUGGACGUACAUACGUUGUGCAUAAUCAGUUUUGUACAGCCCUUUAAAUGAAGUCUGUGAAGCAAACCAGUUCAAAACAGACAGUAUGAUUGUGUGUGCAAUGUAACUGUAACUUAUUAAUAGUUGAUUAUUGCUGGUUCUGUUUUAUUCUUUAGUUUCAGACAAUCUAUUUUAUAUUGAAUAUUGUUUAUUGUUUAUUUUCCCUCGUCUCUGAUGUCACGUGUCACUCUUAAAUGAAUUAAAACCUGGAUUUGGUCAGUAAA